CGAGAGCAUGAAGACGGAGCUGGUGAGCGCCAUCUAUCUGCAGGAGGUGGAACUGCAGGAACGACCUGCAGACGCUCAGCAGGACGCCAAGAUCAAUAACAACGAUGAGACGUUCACCGUGGAGGAAGCUGUGGAGACGAUCGGCUUCGGACGAUUUCACAUCCUGCUGUUUGUGAUCAUGGGGAGCGCCAACAUCGUGGAGGCGAUGGAGAUCAUGCUGCUAGCUGUAGUUUCUCCAGAGAUUCGAUGUGAGUGGCGACUCGAUGACUGGCAGGUGGGACUCGUCUCCACGAUCGUGUUUCUGGGCUUCAUGGUCUGCGGGGUCCUGGGAGGAUACCUCGCUGAUAGAUACGGACGCUGGAAGGUUGUGUUUGGAGGCUUCGUGUGGAGUGCGUACUUCUCUCUGCUGACCUCCUUCGCUCCGUCGUACAGUUGGUUCAUCUUCCUGCGCAGCAUGGUGGGCUGCGGAGUGGCGGGAGUCUCACAGGGGUUUGUGUUGAAGACCGAGUUCAUUCCUGCGAAGCAUCGAGCGUUCCUGCUGCCGCUGGCGACUGUGUUCUGGAUGACGGGCUCCAUGCUGAUCAUCGUGCUCGGGAUGCUGGUGGUUCCCACGAUGGGCUGGAGGUGGAUGAUCCGCCUCUCCGUCACCCCGAGCAUCAUCCUCAUCUUCCUCUUCAAGUUCAUUCCUGAGUCGGCUCGUUAUAACGUGUCAGCGGGAAACGUUCAGGCUGCCGUCGACACGCUGAACCGAAUCGCUAAGAUGAACCGAUCGUCUCUUCCUCCGGGUCGACUGAUGGAGCCGCCGGUGACGGAGCGAGGCAGCUGGAGGACUCUGCUCAGCCCCGCGUUCAGGAAGACAUCUUUCCUGCUCUGGUACUCAUGGUUCGUGGCGUCCUUCUCGUACUACGGCUCGGUGCUGAGCAGCUCGGAGCUGCUGGAGAAGAACUUGCUGUGCAUGACGGACCAGAUCAGACGCCCCCAUGAGGCCGGACGCUGCUACUGCAUCCCGUUCGGCCUCAGCGACUACCAGACGCUGCUCAUCAGCUGCCUGGGCGAGGUCGCACUGGUCCCCCUGAACAUCGGCAUGCUGAGCCUGGUUGGACGCAGGAAGAGUCUGAUGCUGCUUCAGCUGCUGUCGGCCAUUUUAUUCCUGAUGAUCAACAUCUGCACCACCAUGUUCGGGUUCACGGUGCUGCUCUUCCUGCUCCGGUCUCUGGUCUCCAUGAACUUUAACGUGGUUUAUAUUUACACGGCGGAGGUGUAUCCCACGGCGGCUCGCUCUCUGGGGAUGGGCUUCUGUACGUCGUUCAGUCGAAUCGGAGGAAUGAUCGCUCCUUUCAUCGCUCAGGUGCUGAUGUCUCAGUCGGUGAUUCUGGCUCUGAGUCCGUUCUCUGUGUCGUGUGUGAUCUGUGCUGCUGGAAGCUUCCUGCUGCCGAUAGAGACCAAGGGACGCGCUCUGCUGGUUACUAACCAUUACUCAUUAUAA